CCGUAAAUAAUAAUUAGUGAUCCAGCUCAGCACGCUCUCACUUUGUUCACAUUCAAAUAAUAAACUCCACCACCUCUUACAAAACCAUUCCUCAAUCGCGCCGAACAAAACCUCAAAAUUUCCGAAACCCAUUUCGGCAAAAAAAAAAAAAAAAAACAAAAAUUUCAUAAUAAUGGCAGCAUCGGUACCGGCGACGCCGCUGCUGAAGGAGGAGGUGGACAUAGUGAUUCCGACAAUAAGAAACCUUGAUUUCUUGGAGAUGUGGCGCCCCUUUUUCCAGCCCUACCAUCUGAUCAUUGUCCAAGACGGCGACCCGGCGAAGGUUAUUAAGGUGCCUGAGGGUUUCGAUUACGAUCUCUACAAUCGGAAUGAUAUUAACAAGAUUUUGGGUCAGAAGGCAAAUUGCAUUUCAUUCAAGGAUUCUGCUUGCCGCUGCUUUGGCUACUUGGUUUCCAAAAAAAAGUACAUCUUCACCAUUGAUGAUGAUUGCUUCGUUGCUAAAGAUCCCUCUGGCAAGGAAAUUAAUGCGCUCGAGCAGCACAUUAAAAACAUGUUAUCCCCAUCAACUCCAUUUUUCUUCAACACACUUUACGACCCAUAUCGUGACGGAACGGACUUUGUGCGUGGGUAUCCUUUCAGUCUUCGUGAAGGUGUACCGACGGCUAUUUCACACGGGCUUUGGCUCAACAUACCAGAUUACGAUGCACCCACUCAACUUGUUAAGCCUCUUGAGAGGAACACUAGGUAUGUUGACACGGUUUUGACGAUUCCGAAGGGAACCCUUUUCCCAAUGUGUGGGAUGAAUUUGGCUUUCAACCGGGAAUUGAUUGGCCCGGCUAUGUACUUUGGACUUAUGGGUGAUGGUCAGCCGAUUGGACGAUAUGAUGACAUGUGGGCCGGUUGGUGCACUAAGGUGAUUUGCGACCACUUGGGUUUGGGAGUAAAGACCGGUUUGCCAUACAUUUGGCACAGCAAAGCUAGCAACCCGUUUGUGAACCUGAAGAAAGAAUACAAAGGUAUCUACUGGCAAGAGGAGCUAAUCCCGUUUUUCCAAUCCGUUGCCCUUCCAAAAGAUUGCACGACCGUUCAAAAAUGCUAUAUCGAAAUCUCAAAGCAAGUCAAAGCAAAGCUCGGCAAGGUGGACGAUUACUUCAAUAAGCUUGCUGAUGCAAUGGUCACUUGGAUCGAAGCAUGGGAUCAGCUUAACCCCACAGGACCCUCUGCUCCUAUUCCCAAUGGCUCUGCCAAGUAGGAAUUAUUAUCUAAUUAUUUAUAAUCUUCUUGUUUCAUUUUUUAUGUUUUCCAUUUUCUUGUAUUUCGGGGGCGAUUUUCGGAUUUGAGAAACUCUUUGAUGGAACUUAUCAUCUCAGUUUUUGGAUUCUUGUGUUUUGUUAUAGUGUGGAUUUUAGUGACUUAUACAUAAUAAUCGAGAUGAUGAUUCUUUUAUCGUU